UAUGCGUAUUAAUGGAAUUUACGUAUUUAAAAACACGUAAAUUAAAAAAAAAAUAACGGUUUCUAAUUUUUGAUGUGAAACAUCUUAUGGCGCGGUACAGUAGUGAGACCGACUGUGGCGUGGCGACGCCCCACUCAUAGCUCGUCGGCUCAAUUCUCCGAAGCUCGGCGAUUUCCUCUCUAUAUGUGCGCAUUAUCGGCUUAUCUAUUUUUAUACGAUUUAUAAACGUAUAAUAUGUGCACCUAUAUUGUUGCGUAUAAAUAAAUUGAUUGUAUAUUACGUUGAUUAUAUUGUUACGUGUAUGUAUAUUGUAUAUUAUGUUGUUUUGAACGGACCGUUGUAAUAACGAUAUAUAUUUUCUAAGGAAAUAUGAGUGACAGUGACAGUGAAAAUAUUACAAAUAUAAUGGAACGAGACAGUGCACCGCCGCCAGAAAAAAUAAUUAAAUUUCAAGUUAACCAAAAUGCAGGUCGGAGUGAAAUUUCUCCGUCAUGUGCUUUUGAUGUAUAUCCCGAUUCACAAUUUACUGAUUCGAGAGAAAGUGCUCUUAGUAAAAAAAGGUCGGCAACAACGAUACAGGGAACAGCACCGCGAAGAACUAAAACAACUUGAAGCAGAAAGAAGGAAAAGUAAACAAAAUGUACCUUUCCAACCUACGAUAAGCUGUUCAGAUUUUAAUAGUACAAAACACAUACUAUUAAGUACUACUUUACGUACUACUUUCAGUUAUCAUCGUCCAAUUGUUACAUUGAUACCAGCAAUUGUACCAUAAGAAGCAUCAACUGCUACUGUCACAGAAAUAACUGACGAAGCAACAGAUAAUAUUGAUUAUAGAGUAGUUACAUUAUUACAUUUGUAUAUUUUUUUAUGUCUUUGUAAAUCUUUUAAGUACUUCAUAUGCAAAUAAAAAACAAAAUAGACUUAUGAUAUUAAUUUAGAAAUUAUUACAUAGUCAUCUUAUUCACCACCUAUUUUUUACAUUAUUACAAAAAAAAAUGUUUGAUGUUUCAUAUCUGCCAGGCGUCCCGCGACAAGCUCACUUUUUUUCAGAUUUCGUUAUUGAAUUUAAUACCGGUUUCCAAUUUUUUACGGUUUCCAUUUUAAAUUAUAAUACCGGUAUCCAAUUUUUU